AUGUCUUUUCUAAGGGAAUAUUUCUUUAAGAAAAGUAACGUCGAAACGUUUUCUGAAAAUCAAGAGUUAAAAUUCGAUAAGAAAGAAUACGACGCAUCUUACGAUCUUUCAAAGACAAUGUUUCGAUUGGUCGGUCUCCGGUUAACCCAUAACGAUCCGCCAUUAGCAAGAUUGCUGUGGAAUGCUUUUUACUUAUUCGAAGCUAUCAACGUGCUAUUGGCGAUGUUCCUUGAGCUUAUCAAAAUGAAGCAAACAGCACGCGACGGUUCCUUUAUUGAACUUUUCACUAUGAUGCCCUGCGUUGGAUAUUUGUUACUUUGUUCUGUGAAAUCAUACAAGAUACUAUACUAUCGUCCCGUCUAUGAGAAUCUUAUCACUGAGCUACGAGACAUGUGGCCACAGGACGCGGUGACGAAGGAAGAGUACGACAUAGUGCGUUUGGCACUUGUUAGAUUGAGACGCAAUAUCAAAGGUUUCCUCGCGCUUGGUUUCAUGCUGCCCACAGACGCAUUAUUCUGGGUAUUCCUGAGUCAUAUUACCACUCAAUUCGACUUGCUUGCUAUUAGAUUAAAGAAAAUGUUUUACGUGCCAUUAGAUGAACAGCUUAUUGAGAAAUAUCCACUUGGUAAUAUGCUUUUAUUUUUGCAAUGUGAUACGGAUAAUAUUGAAUUCAAUAACAACAACGAAUCGGAGAAAGUUUAUCAAAAGAAAUUGGUCGAUGUUAUUUUGAAACAUCGUGCCUUGAUCAGGAUGUCUGGCGUCGUGGAAAAUCAAUUCACAUUUUCUCUUCUCAUAAAUUUCAUUAAUAGCUCUAUUAUUAUUUGCUUCUGUGGAUUCUGUUGUAUGUUUGUAGAGAAAUGGAAUGAAAUUACGUAUAAAUUUUUCUUGACAACCGCCACUCUUCAAAUCUGGCUAGUUUGUUGGUAUGGACAAAAACUUCUAGACUCCAGUCAAGGAAUCGCUGAUGCUGUAUAUUGUAGUGGCUGGUAUAACGUACCGCAACGUGUAAAGAGUUUCCUAAUUAUUAUAUUUUAUCGUGCUCAAAAAGAGGUGUACGUUACUACAUAUGGAUUUUCAGUAAUUUCUAUCGCAAGUUAUAGUACAAUUUUGAAAACUUCUUGGUCUUAUUUAAUGCUACUAGUCAACGUAUUUAAGAAAUAA